AUGUCAUGCGAUAUCUCGCGAGCAUUUCAUACACUGAUCCGUGCAAUCCAAACAACCGAUGAGAUUAAACAAAAGAAUAAUGCACGCACGCGACCGUCAAAAUCUGCAAAUACGUUCUCGUUUUGGAACCGAGCUGCCCGAUUGCGUUCCAAUUUAGAAGUUUUGGCGGACUACGUGAAACGUGUUCAACAGCUCACAGCCACCACCGUGGGUAACGCCUUCAAACAACGCGCUCAUUCUGAACUAACCAAUCAGGUGACCGAAUUGAUUGAGCAAUGCACGGCAUUACUGAUUCAGCUGAAGGAAGUGUCCCGAUUGAAUGAAGGCGGUCAACAACUAACGCCUAGUCAACAGCAAUUGCGACAACAUCGCCAGGUCAUUUACGAGUCACUGGAACUGGAACUGAACAAAUUGAAAAAGUUGCGAGACGCGGAGACCGAAAGACAGCGUCACCUGAUGGAACUUACCGGGAGCUUGGCUUCCGGCGUACGAUCGGUUUCACCCUCCCUCCUCCAUUUUGAUGAGCUCCAUUCGGGCACCGGAUAUGACUCUCCCUAUCAUUCUGUCAGGAACCGUAGCAGCGUGGUUCGGAACCGUACAUCACCGCCUUCGUCGCUCCCGGAACCCCAACUGUCCAGUCAGGUUGUUGAGCAACCCGAAUUGACGGACAAUGAGGUCCAGACGUUCGAGUUGGAGAAUCGGUUGCUAUACAAUCAUCUGAGCGGUCAACGGGAAGAUAUAACACAAGUAGCUCGAGCAAUCACGGAAAUUGGCCGUCUCAAUCAAGCUCUAUCCAUGCAUUUGACUGAUCAGCUUGAGGCUACACAACAAAUCUCCACAAACGUGACCAAUGCGACGGAGGACGUUAUGCAGGGAAAUGAACAACUGCGAGCCGCGCUGAGUAACAAAGCUAGUAUGCAAUUCUGGAUCCUGUUCGUUCUCAUGGUGCUGACGUUCUCCGUUCACUUCCUUGAUUGGUACUACCCGUGA